GCAGUAGAACCGGAUAGGAACAGACAGGAUCUGUCGCUUCACGGUGUCGAGAAAAAGAAAUGCGUAAUUUUCCUUUCAAUUUUAACUUUUCUUAAACCAUGGCAGGCUCAGAAGACCAGAAGUUCUCCCUCCAGGAGGUCCUAGACACUUUUAAGUUGUGUCUGUCGGAAAAUAAAGAAGUCUAUCUAGAACAGUACGUCGCUGGAUGGCGUGGGCUUGUAAAGUUUCUGAACAGCUUGGGAAGUGUCUUUGGCUUCAUUUCUAAGGAUGCUGUCGGCAAGAUCCAGAUCCUUGUGAAUUAUAUGAAUGGUGAGAACGCUUCUCACUAUGCUACUGUGCAGUCGAUGGUAAAAUACGAAGUGGACAAUAAUCUCGUGGAUGUGAACAAGAAAGGAAGCCACCCAGAGUCUGGCUGUCGUACUCUGCUGAGGCUCCACCGCGCUCUGAGAUGGCUGGAGCUCUUCUUGGAUCGCCUGCGCACCAGCACAGAAGACAGUAAAACAUCUGCCCUGUGUGCAGAGGCCUACAACGAGUCCCUCGCCCAGCACCAUCCGUGGAUGAUCCGUAAGGCUGCGGGCAUGGCCUUCCUCGUGCUUCCUGGUCGCCAAACCUUUUUCGAAGUAAUGAAUGUUGGCCCACCUGAGCAGGUUGUGGCCAAGCUGGGGGAGGCCCUACCUCUCAUCUCUGAGGUGUACCAGAUCACAGAGGACCUAUAUGCUCAGCAUAACAUGCUUGAUUUACCUUAGAAGCAAGAAGUGCUAAUAUCUGACACGUCAUACUUUAUAUAAUUAAAUAUUUGUAACUUGUCCUUGGUGAAAGGACAAGGUGAAAGGCUGCUGAACAAGAUGCUUCUGCUGCUUGGUGAAGGAUUGUGUCAUAAUUAGCUGUAAUACCACUAAGAUUAAUUUUGAAACUACUGUAUACAUGUUUUAACAUAAAAUUCUGUACAUUUUCCUCCAA